ACUUGCCUUGUUUGUUAAUUGCAUCUUCCUCACAUUGUCAUUAUAAAAAUCCUAUCAGAACUCAUCGUCAAACGCCCGCUAAGGCUGAGUUCUACAAGUUUCAGGCUUCACUGGAUCAAAAUUCGUACUUUGUGGUAAGAUUUGUAACGUCUAUACAUAAAUCAGAGGCCAAUCUUUAUUUUUGGACAUUGCCUAGCUCGUUGAGAAGCUUUAAGUAUGAGCUUCCGUGUGAAUCGGAUACAGAAUGGUGAAAGCUUUAGUAAUGUGGGGCAACACUUGCAUAAUGUAUUUGACAUUGAAGGGCAACAUUCCAGGACACGCAGAAAUCCUGACCCGCAUCACCGGUUCUCUCAAACGUGGAGUAUAAUAUUUAGACUGUCGUGUGUGAUUGCAGUGUCAAUAGAUCCUCUGUUCUUUUAUGUUCCUGUGAUCAACGAAGAAAAGAAGUGCAUAGAGUUAGACAAAAAGUUGAGGACCUUAGCUCCUAUAUUACGAACUUUCACUGAUAUCAUUUGCAUUAUAAAUAUUGCAUUGCAAUUUUAUAAUGGUUAUAUAGAUGAAACCUCCGGAAAAGCUACAUUAAUUAAAGAUCCUAGGAAAAUAGCUAGGAGGUAUUUGUGGCCAUACUUGGUAAUAGACAUUCUCGUUCUUCUUCCUAUCCCACAGGUGGCAAUUUUAAUUCUUUUCCGAGAAGUGAGAGGUUCAAAAGCUUUGGGUAUAAGAAAGUAUUUGACUGCUGUUCUUCUCUUCCAAUAUGUGCCAAGAAUUAUUCAAAUCUACCUAUCCUGGAAAGAUCCUAUGAGGAAAGCCAACAGAUAUGCUAAAUUUCCCAUAUGGUUUAAAGCUGCAUUCAAUUUCUCGCUGUACAUUAUUGCCAGUCAUGUUUUGGGAGCCCUUUGGUAUUUGCUUUCUAUUGAGCGAGAGACGGCCUGUUGGCUCAUAGCCUGUCAAAAACAACCUGGAUGUGUUGGUAGUUCUUUUAACUGUGAUGAUCACAGUUUAGGAAAUCACACAUUUCUAACAGACUCUUGCCCUAUAAAUACACCAAAUACAACGGAUAUGCCCUUUGAUUUUGGAAUAUUUCAUGACGCCCUUCAAUCUGGUGUUGUGCACUCCAAAGAUUUCCCACAAAAAUUCUUUCGGUGUUUCUGGUGGGGCCUGAGAAAUCUAAGUUCUCUAGGUCAAAAUCUCCAAACAAGUAAUUAUGUCUGGGAAAGCUGCUUUACAAUUCUUAUUUGUAUCUUUGGAUUGCUAUUAUUUUCCUAUUUCAUUGGAAAUUUGCAGUUAUACAUGCAGGUGGAAACUGCAAGAUCGGAGAAGAAAAGAAGGAAGAUGAAGCAGGAAAGAGAGAAGAAGGAAGAGGAAGAAAGAAUGAAGAUGGAGGAGAAGUUGGAGAUGGAGGAGAAAAAACAAACAAUAGGAAUAUGGAUGUUCAAAUACAGGCUUCCUGGAGAAAUGAAAAAACAGAUUAUGCAGAACAUAAUACCCAGAUUGGAAAGAAAAAAAGAUGUUUGUGUGGAGAACCUGUUUUGUUAUCUUCCUGAAGCUAUAAGCAAUGCAGUAAAACGCUACCUCUGCUUGGAUCUACUUAAAAAAGUGCCAGUGCUUCAAAACAUGGAUGAACAAUUAUUGAAAAAUAUAUGCGAUUCUCUCAAGCCAGUCUACUACAAAGAGCGCAGCUACAUUGUUCGGGAGGGAGAUCCAAUUGAUGCAACGUUUUUCAUUACAGAUGGCAUUGCAUGGGCCUAUACAUCCAGUAAUGGUGAAGCAACUAGCUCCUCCUCACACGCUGAGCGUCUUGAAAAAGGUCACUUCUUUGGAGAAGAACUUCUUGAACUGGGUUUGUCUAAACUAUCCAGACUCCCCCUAUCUCCAAGAACCGUCAAAACUCAUGGACCAAUUGAAGCCUUUGCUCUAAUGGAUGAGGACUUGAAGAAAAUAAUCUCCAAGAACUGGAUGCAUAUAGGUAAAGAGCAAUUGGAACCCUUUGCAGCUUAUGUGGUACAAGCAGCCUGGCGCCGGCAUCGUGAAAAUAAGAAUCUUGAAAGGUCCUCCCAUGGCGGCAGAUACAUCCCGAGUUCAGGUACACAAGGCAAUUGAACUGCUCGUUCAAGAGGUCCAUGUAUCAUGCAUGUUGUGUAAGGAAAUUCUCAACUGGAUAUCUUUUAGUGAUUGUAGACUUGCUAGUUGUUUAGAUUAUUUGGGAAAAUAAAUCUCUUAGAAUCUAGCAAGUGUUGAUAUAAGGAUGAUUUGCUUUUAUUUAAUUUAUUUGCUGAAAAAUGAGGCUUGUAUCUUCAA